AAUAAGUUUGUUUUGCUAGAAUUUUUACGUUGCAUUUUUUGUUUGAUGAGAAACGGAAAAUACCUAUGUUUUAACCUUAAGGCAUUAUGUAGUGAACCAGAAAUUCAAUUGUGAAACCUGCUACUUUGGCAGAGUGUACGAUGUUAUUGAGCGUUAAGCUGAUAUUUGGAUUCUAAAACAUCUUUGUUAUCGUAAUGAGCACUCUAUUACGAUUCUGUACCUUGUUUACCCUGUUCCGUCUUUUUCUAAAUUAUGUCAUUUUAUUUACACUUUUCAGUAGAAAAAUCAAAUGUUACUUGAGAGACGUUCACCUUUCUGUGUUCUCUUAGAAUUUCCCUUUUAAAGUUACUAUAAAUUAGCUUUGCCUAAUAUACGAAGCGCUUCCGUGACUUCCGCCGCUUCAAUAAAAUCACUGAACUAGAAAUAAUCUAUUUAUACGUAGACUCAAUCUCUGAACGCCGCUAUGCCUUUGCAAGAUACUAUCUAGAAGCCGGUUUCAGAUCCAAAGUGAAAGCACGUACGUGAACUGUAUUGUAUUCUAUAUUUUAACAGAAAGCGCGCAUAGAAUGGAACAGCGCUAAGACACGGAAGACAUCUAUGAUACCAAAGAAGAACAUAUAAAAAAACAUUUGACGGUAGGAACUAUAACUUCAAAUCGUUUUUAAGUGAUUUCAGAAUUACUCGGCAUAAUUAAUAUUUCAAAAAAUCUUCAUGCGAUUUUGAUGUAAAAUAUCGGUAAGUACGCCGCACCUUUUGGGCGGGUACCUGCCUGUUUCGCCUUCCUUGGCAAUCUGCUCCACUAACGCGUAUUAAUGAAGCUGAACACUGUCUCUCAGAAGACUUGGCUUGUUACAACCGUCUGUAUUUAAUUCCAUCAGGCACUAUAAGAGUAAACAUUGAAAAAAAACUGUUCCAGUCAAGCACAUAUUUACAAAUUAUUGUACUAUUUGAUCCCCACUCCGUACAAAGUCACAGAUAUGCUCGCUCUAAUGCUCGCUAGAGAAGAAAAUGCCCUUAUUAGAAUAGGAAGCAACGUUAUUUUUAUGUGUUUAAAUUGCAUAAGGUUUGACUCCUAGAUUUUUCAAACGUUUUUAAUUAUAAUACAGAUUUUAAUUAAGUUUCGAUAAGUUCGGUUUCUGCCCGAUUAAUAUUGCUGAACUCUGGUGAAAUCAUUAGUAUCACGCACAUUUAUUCUGCAAUUUGGACCACUGUGUGAUGACACAGAGAGGUAGCGAAACUAAUUACUCGCAAAGACUCAAAUAACUGAAAAUAGCAUUUUUCCAAGUUGAGUUAUAACAGCGUUAAAUAACCGUCGCCAAUUUUGAAGAAAACGAAAUAUUAGUAUACGAAAUAUUAUUUUAUUAACAUUUCCCCAAUUUUAAUUUAAUCUGUUCAUACAGAAAUUUGGCCUUCUCUAAAAGAGAGGCAGCGUGCUCAGCAUGUCCACGUUUUCCCGCCAUUUGAUAAUUCGAAAAUCGCUCUCAGUGCACCCUGGUGUCACUAUAUACUAGUCAUCUGUUCGAAGAUUAUGCAAUGCCUUGGGGUUGACCUUGUAGCUAUGUAAUGCCUCGAAGUUAAGUGUUUACCACCAGUGUUAAGUAGGGAAUUGUAUAACCGGUGCAUCUUGCAGCUUAGGGUAAUAAAUCACACAAAAAAGUUAAAUCACCGUUACGAUUAAGUUUAUUUUUCAAGCGAAUCUAUUGAGUGUACGCAGGAUGGUCGUAGGUGACAGUUUUCUAGUAAUUGGUGUGAGUGGAACAACCAAUGCUGGGAAGACAACCCUGGUAGAACGACUUCGGCACGAAUUACCGGAAGCGCGCUUUUUACGCCAGGACACGUUUUUCAUUAGUGAAGAUGACCCAAGACACCAAUGGCUUGAAACCGAUACUUUUCGGCAUCAGAACUGGGAACUGCCGUCCGCAAUAAAUUUUAACUUGUUCAAAAAAGAGGUUCGAUUGCUUACCGCAUCUGCAAGCGGUCUACCUUAUCGUAUUCUCCUACUCGAGGGUCAUCUGCUCUUCUCCGAUCCUGAGCUCGUCGUGUGGUGCGACAAAAAAUACUUCCUAACUCUUUCUAAGGAACAGUGCAGAGAACGACGAAACAGACGUACAUAUCAGCCUUCGGAUCCACCUGGAUAUUUCGAUGCAUGCAUUUAUCCGGAAUACUUAAAUUACUUAUCUUAUGUUCAAGAAAACGUAAAAGAUGUUGCUUACCUAGACGGAGCCAACCCACAGGAAAUGAUUUUUCAAAAAAUUUUUAACGAUAUUAAAAACUUAAUAGCCGCGCAAAACUUUUUUAAAACCUUAACCGUUGGCGAUGCCAGUUUUAGCUAAUAAAAUUAGCAGAUGCAAAUCA